GAAAUGGAGAGUGUUGUUGAAUUGGGUUUGAAGAACUGUAACCGGAAGGAGAACGCCGUCUCCGGAGGCGCUCAAAAUGGCGACGAUUUCUCCGUCGACGACUUGCUCGACUUCUCAAACGGCGACGUUUUCGUUGAGGAUGAGGCUGAAUUGAAGUUGCAGCGAAAGAGAGGAGCCUCUGUUUCCCAAAAUGACGAAAAUACCCUUCACCAGAACGACGGUUUCUCCACCGCCGGUGAAGACGUUGGGUCUCUCCCCACAAACGAGCUCUCCGUUCCGAUGGAUGAUUUAGCGGAACUGGAAUGGUUAUCAAAUUUCGUGGAGGAUUCUUUCACUCCGUACUCGGCUCCAACGAAGAAACCGGCGUGGUUAACCGGAGACCGAAGACACCCUGUAGCACCGGUUAAGGAGGAUUCGAGCUUCAAAACCCUUCUUCCGGUUAAAGUCAGAACCAAACGAGCCAAAACCGGAGUCAGCGUCGGGUCUCUUGGUUCAUCGUCGUUAACGGACUCGUCUUCGAGUUCUACAACCUCGUCUUCCUCCACCUCUGGUCCUUCAAGCCCUCCAUGGCUCCCCGGCGCUGAGUUUCUUGAUGAGCCAGUGGUUCAAAGACAGAAGAAGCAGAAGAAAACGUCUUCAGUGUCGGCGAUUUGGAACAACGGUGUCCAGGCGCAAACGCAGACGCAGACGCGGCGGUGUAGUCAUUGUGGCGUUCAGAAAACGCCGCAGUGGAGAGCAGGACCAGAGGGAGCGAAGACGCUGUGCAAUGCGUGUGGUGUGCGUUACAAAUCGGGUCGGUUAUUACCCGAAUACAGACCCGCUUGUAGCCCAACGUUCUCGAUUGAGCUCCACUCCAACCACCACCGUAAAGUCGUUGAAAUGCGUCGGAAGAAGGAGACGUCCGACGAUGCUGAUGAACCCGGUUUGCAACAGGCGGCUCAGGUUGUGUCGAGUUUUUGA